GUUCCCAUGGAGACCACGGCGUUCUCUCCUCCUGCCGGCCUUUUGCCAGGACCCGAAUGCCUAGCCAGUGUACGGAAUGCGCCGAGGAACAAAAAAGUGCUGGCUGGGCAGGUGGGAGAUGAAACGCGGCUUUCUACCAAGAUGGCAGGGCUCGGUCCCGAGCAGGAAGAGGGCUCGAUGGAGGGGCAGCCUGAAAAUAUUCCUAUUACUGACGUUCAGGAGCAUUACGAACAACCUAUAGUCACACCUCCUUCCUCUGGGCCUCAAUCCCAACUCCUUCAAAUAGUAUUGGCCAUGGAUGAGGAAAUAGAAACAUCUUCUUCUGACUCACAUCUGGAAACCCUUGGAAAUUUGAUGAUGCAAAAUAAAAUUGAGUUUCCACGUGGUUUGGUCAGAUCAGUGGAAACAAUGGUCCAGCCUCAAGAAGCAGUACACGAGGAGGUGACACAUGAGGAAGAAGCACAUGAAGAAGCAGCACAUGAAGAAGCAGCACACGAGGUAGUUAUACAUGAAGAAGCAGCACACGAGGUAGUUAUACAUGAAGAAACUGCACAUGAGGAAGCAGAACAACAGGUAGCCCCACCAGCUAUAACCACAGAGGAGGAAGUCCCAGACGAGCCCAUGCCUGUGGUAUAUCAAGAUCCCUUUGAGGUUUCUCUUCAGUACAUGGAGAAACAUAACAUUCUGCAGGUAUUUCAGGAGAUCACUGAAAACCUUGUGUAUGAGAAGCCUGAUGAACCGCUGGAGUUCAUGUUGAAACAGGUUCAGAAUAUGAUAGAAAUUAGGAAAAUGGCGAAAGCACUGGAAGAAUUGUGAAAGAUGACGGACUACAGAACGCUCAACAAUUCGUUAGACAUCUUCAUGGUGCACCGUGUUCGAGCACUGCUCUCAUUUAUGCUCCAUAUAUGCAAAUUAUAUAUGUUUACAGAGUCAGAGAUAACUUAUUUUCUCCACCUUGAGUAGUGUGUUGGAUUAUCUAAAAGGAUAGAAAAUGUGCUGCUUCUCAGGAGCAUAUAUAUUCACAUGAAUUCCAGGAAACAUAACUACUGAGAAACUGCAGUAUCCAAAAGUCAUUUAUUUUGGCGAUAAUAGUUUCUCUUUGCAACUACAACUGGAUAAUGCCAUUCCUAAUGGAUGUCCAAAUUUAAGAUUAAAUCUAUGAUUUCACAAGGUAAAUGAUUCCACACAAAAUAAUAACCCCUCCUUGUAUGUAUAAAGCCUAAAUUUCAGGAAGAAGUGCCUUCUCCCUAUAACAGUAGUUUGUUGUAUGUGAGCACGGUUAUUAUUUUCUGUGGAGAAAUCUUCACACGUUAUCCCCAACAGCUGGCUGAUUUUUGUUAUGAAUCAUUAAUUAAGUUAGAUCAUAACUUAGUUCAGUCGUGUAUGUUGCUCACUCAAAUACUUGCAAGUAAAUAUUUUGGGGAUCGAUAAACAAACCUCCAACAGGGAAGCAUUAUGAUUCCUUUAGCUUGAUGUUUUUGCUGCCAAUUGACUCAGAAUGAGAAGUGUUUCUGGACAUUAUAAGAACCGUUUUUGCUAGUAGUUACUUCUGAAUUCUAGAUCUGGAAUUCAUGAAAGGCUAUUUCAGGACAACCAGAAUGACACUGUUAAAGAUUGUUAUGUCUAAUUCAGGGGAGGAAAUUGUUUUAGACUCAGGGACUAGAUUGACCUUUAGGUUGGCUGGCUGGAUGAUUACAAAUGACACUCUUCUGAUAUCAUUUAUCACCAUGCUCUCUCCAGUAUCUAUUUUCAGUAUCUCUGUGUAUUUGUGACCCAGUCCGCCUUACGUAGGCCCUUUUAUGUGCGCCUUACAGUCCUGCUGGAUAUUGAAAGGCACACAAUCUUAAUACUUUACUGGGAUUCACCAUGCUUCACAUCUUCCUAACUUGAACCCUCAAGUUAUCUCCAGUUGGUCCCAUUAAAUUCAGUUAAGCUCCUGACAAUCCAUUUUAUGCCUUCUGAUAUUGUGAUUCAUGGUCUAAAGAAGUUUACUGAAUUUUUUUAUUGGUGGUUUCAGAAGGGGAUGGGUUCCUGUGCCUUCAAAAUGUUCCAGGAACAAAUGACAACAUGUAUAGUGGAUUGGGGUUUCUUUGCAGAAGAAAAAUUUAUGGAAAGUAAGAAUUGUUCUGAUGUCAUAAGCAGUGCUUAGCUGUUUAUGUACAGCUGCUGAUCAUGUGCCUAUAAAAGGUGCCAAUUCUACUGAAUAAAUGUAUUUUGAUAUAGCACCUGUGAUCUCUUUGAUUCACCAGUUUGAACAGCUGGGUGGGGUCAACAGCCUUUUAUCUCAGUUUUGCAGUAUUAGAUGCUUCUCUUUGCUUCUCUCUUCUCUCCCCAUAUUCACGAAUUCCAAUUCUCCUUUGAGAUAUCCAUAGGCUGAAAUUUGGAAAGUAUUGGUAUGUUUUUGAAUUUCCACUGCAAUGGGAGAUAAAGCAGCCAUGGUUUCUGUUAUCCAAACUUCCCAGUUAUCACCCACUGUGAGGAAUGGAAGUGGGUUCCUAUUUACCCACUAUAGUUUUUGUCGGGGUAAUGGACAGCAGAACAUUGUCUCUUGCUUUAUUAGAGAUCAUAAAGGAUCUCUAGGUUGCAUUAUGAAGAGGCACUUAAGCUCUUUGAUGCCAAUCUUCUUUUUCAAUGCAUGUGUGAAAUAACAAUCCUACUACUUACACCAGACAGGAGACUAAGGUGACAAUUGGGACAUUUCUUAAUAUUAUCUCCCUGCUGCAGGCAGAAUCUCUGUGUGUUCAUGAGGGAAUCCACUUUAAAAUCAUCAUAUAUAACAGUAGUAAAAUUACUUGCUGAAAUGUUUGCCCUUGUGUAGCCAGAAUAGCACUUCCUAGCCUGCUCAGAUGAAAUGGCAGAUGUAGAGAAGUACAAAACCCCUUGGGAGUAUGAAAUUAAAAUGUGGAAAGCAAAGAUUAUAUUACCCAAUGAAUCAUAGAAUUGUGAAAUUGGAAGAGGCCACAAGGACCUUCCUGUCCAGCCCCCUGCACAAGCAAAACAUUCCUGACAAAUUGUCAUCUGGUCUCUGUUUAAAAAAUCCUCCAAAGGAGACUCCACCACUCUCUGAGGGAAGAUAUUCCAUUGUUGAACAGCUCUCACCAUCAGGAAAGUUUUACUAAUAUUCAGGUAGAAUCCCUUUUCCUAUAGUCUGAAGAACAUUACUCUGUAUCCUAUAGUCUUGAGAGCAGCAGAAAACAAGCCCGUUCCAUCUUCCAAUAUUUAAUCAUGUCUAUUAUAUUCCCACUUACUCUCUUCUCCGGACUAAACAUCCUGUUUCCCAAGGCUCUUCUCGUAGGGCUUAACCUCCAGAACCUAUAUCAUAUUGGGCAUAUUCCAGCUUGUUGAAAUCUUUCCUGAACUGUAGUGUCCAGAACUGGGCACAGUAUUCCAGGGGAAUUCUGACAAAAACAGAAUACAGUGGUAAUAUAUAGUAAUGUCUUUGAUCUAACUAUUUUCCUAUUGAUGCAGCCUAACAUCACAUUGGGUUUUUUUUAGCAGCUGUAUAAAAUUGCUGUUUAACCCAGGGGCACAGCAAGUUAAACAGCUGAGCUGCUGAACUUGCUGACCAAAAUGUUGGUGGUCAAAUCUGAGGAGCAGGGUGAGCUCCCACUGUUAGCCCCAGCUGCUGCCAACCUAGCAAAUGUGAGUAGAUCAAUAGAUACUGCUCCAGUGGGAAGGUAAUGGCACUCCAUGCAGUCAUGCCAGCCUAGGAGGCAUCUACGGCUUAGAAAUGGAGAUGAGUACCAUCCCCCAGAGUCGGACUCAACUAGACUUAAUGCCAAAAGGAAACCUUUACUUUUUUAUAACACUGCCGACUCAUUUCCAGCUUGUGAUUUAAGAUUGCUAGAUCCCUUCCACAUGUACUGCUGUCAAGCCAAAUGCGACCCAUCCAAUAUCUCUACAUUUCAUCUUUUCCCCUCCUCCUUCCUCUUGCCUAAUUACAGCUUACAUUUCUCCCUGUUGAAAUUUAUUGGUUUUGUUGGUUUGCAGUAUUAGCCACCCCUCCUAAAUUGGUGCCAUCUGAAGAUUUGAUGGGCAUGCCCUCUCUUCCAUCAUUCAAGUCAUUGAUAGUGAAGUGUUAUUCAAUGUGAGUAUGCGGUAUUCCCAGUAGGCACAGAAUGCUCACUCUUGGGAGCAGAGGAACAUAAAAUCUUGUACGUGGAAUACUCUAUUAUGGAAGAAGUUAUGUCUCGUUGGUUAGAACACAAAUUUUCCAUUGUACAAAACUUUAUUUUUCUACAAGUGCUGAAGCUGUUAUCUUUUUACCAAACAAAAAUAUAACUUCUAGCAUUUCCAAUAGGAAACCAGGAGGUGGCAGCAAGAGGUCACGGUCUUCUUGCAAAGAGAAUUUUAAUUGGCAGUGUGGCUCCAAGGUAAAUAAACUGAUGUGGCAGUUAACAAGGUCACCUAUGUUCAAAGGCUUGCUAGCCAAAGGGAACCUUUUGCGUUAACAACCACCUGGAAGCACCGUCAGUUCAACUAAUUCUAAAAUGCAGGCUUGCUCCACAGAUUUUGAAUCUAACACAUGUGAAGUAUUUGCAUAAAUGUUUCCAUUCUUUAUUGCUUUCUAAGAUAAUCAGUCAUUGAACUGGAUUGAAGUUUCUGAAUAAUAAUGUCUAGCAUAUUUUUCUAGCAUCGAAAGUGCCUCACAUAUAUUAUCUUUCUAACCUUUAGCAGUAUUUCAAGGACAGUUUUGAUCUUGUUAUCCUUAUCACUUAAAGGAAACCUUGGUUGUUGGCGUUUUUUAAAAGUGGCAUUCAGAUUUUAAUUAAGAUGCCUUAAAAUUGGUAUCUAUGGUUCAAAACAGUUGGUAUUCUAAAAAUUACAAAAUGAAUUCCAUACUUUGCAUGGUAACAUGAUGGGUAGGAGUUUACUGUCAAUUGCAAAAGCUAUGAAAAGUUCUUUCUAUUCUGACCCAUUCUGAGACCAGAGAAGUUAUGGAGGUGAGCACCAGUAAUAAUUGUUUGUUUAGUAAUGUGUGUGUCUUCUCAUUAUUCUUUGCUUUGCCCUGUAUCUAAAUGGCCAUUUUGACUUGUGUGUGUGUGUGUGUGUGGCUAAAAGAGUGCUGAUGAUCCUUCCAAAUAUGGAGUGAGAGCCCCCAAAAUGUUUGUCACAAGAGUAUGUGGGUCAUGGCUUUUAAAAAAAUAUCCCACACAUGACAAACAAUAUUAAAAUGUCCUUUACUUCCUAUUCUUACACCAUUAAAUCAUAAGCUUCUUCUGAGCCACUUAAAAACAAGAUGGCCUUGGUUUUUCCUUAAAUGUUAUUUAUUUAUUUAUUGUAUCAAAAGCGAACCAAGACUACAGUUGUAGUGUAUUUGAAAAACACAAAGUUUUAAAACUUGGCAUUAUAUUAAAUGUCCUUUGACCAGUAGUUGGCCACUUGGAGUGCCUCUGGUGUUGCUAUAAUGAGGUCCUCCAUUGUGCAUGUGGCAGGACUCAGGCUGCAUUGUAGUAGGUGGUCUAUGGUCUUAAAUGUUAUGUAAGGUGGUGAGCCCUGCUCCCAAAAUAGUUUCAGCAGUUUACAUAGGCUUUUUAAAAUUGAGACUAAAACCCAGAGUAUGUUCACCAUUCUACUGACAUGAGGACUAACUUCUAUCACUGCCUUUCUCAUCAACUCCGAUUGAGACAAAACAUAUCAUGCUCCCUACAUAAUUUAGUUUAACAACCUUAACUCACUUUGUAUCCCGAGGAAUGCAGUUUUUAUUACACUUUGAGUUCUUCACUUUCCAUCUUUGUUAGCAAACAAUCCCAUUUCCUUUUGCUCAUUAGAAAGUCAUUCUGACAAAAGGGAUUUGUAGUAGAAUGUUACAACAUGCAGUACUCCAAUGUGAUCCAUUACAUUCAGAUUCUGUCAUAUUUUCCAUUUCCCAAGCAAGAAGCUUUCCAUUGAACACAUUCAAUCCAACAUGGAUAGGGAUUUUUAUUUUUUUGGAUUCCCACCUCCUAUUGAGUUACCUACCGAUUGACUGAUGCUUACUCAAAGAAUGCUCACCAAUUUGUUAUCCGCUCUGAGUCCCUUUGGGGAGAUAGAGCAGAAUAUGAAUAAAGUUUUAUAUUAUUAUUAUCCUAGAGAAAAGUAAUAUCUGUGUGUAUAUGUUGGGUCCAGCUGUGCUUAGCAAUUUCAUAAGUUACUUGUAUGAAGAAACAGAUGGCAUGCUUACUAAAUUUUCAGAUGAUGUCAAAGCAGGACAGGUAAUACCUCUAAAGACAAAAUCAGGUUUGAAGGUGAUCUUAACAGGACCUGGGACAACUGCAUUUCAAGAGAGAAUAUAAGAUACUGCAUUUAUGGAGGAAAAGCUAAUACACAAAUAUAGAAUGAGUGACACCUGACUUGACAGCAGUAUGUGUGAAAAGAAUCCAAAGAUAUUAAUAAACCACAAGCUAAACAUAAGCCACGUGACAUGGCAGGAAUAAAUUCUGUUGAAAACUUCAUCAAUAGCACUAUACUGUCUAGAAUAGAUGGAAGUAAUACAUUACUUCAGUUAGACCUAACCUGGACUAGUGUGUGGUGCUGGACACUAUAAUCCAAAUGGGAAAUUGACAAGCUGGAAUAAGUCUGGAAGAAGGUGAAGGGCACGUUGAAAAUGCAAUGACUGUUUAUGGACAAUGGAUAUGUCUUUGUGUGAUAUGUGAUGUUAUUUUAUAUGAUGUGUUUAAUAAUGUUUAAUGUUUUAUCAGAGGAGGGUCAAUUUUGAUAUUUUAUACUGUUUUUUUUUAAUCAAUGACAUUGAAUUGUUGCCAACACUAUGAACCGUCCUGAGUCCCCUUUGAGGUUGGGAAGGGUGGUAUACAAAUACCACAAAUAAAUAAAUGAAUAAAAUAAGAAACUAAGAUCUCUGACAAACAGGAGUGGUUUGUUUAGCACAAAGAAGAAAAAAUAGAGAGGUGACAGUUACGAUUCUAAAUAUCUCCAAAUAUCUCUACAUAUAUCUUUAAACGUCUGAAAGGUUCUUUAAUGGAAGUGGAAUAAGAUCAUUUCUUGCUACUCCAGAGAACAGGACCCAGAGCAAUGAGUUCAAAUCAGAAAUAAAAAUGCUAUUGUCAUUAGAUGUUAGGAGAUUUUAAAAUAGUUAGGAAUCCCAUCUCUUAGAAAUGUUUUGGUUAUGCAAUUCUGUAAUUGUAUGGGAUUGGACUUGAUAGCCCUUAUAGUUCCUUCAAGCUCUAAGAUUAUAUGAUUCUCUCAAGUCUACUGACACCACUCUCUCAUGUCGCUAGUUUUUGAAUUGUAUUGAGCUGACCUUCCUAAGUCAUUCUCUCAAGCCCUCAAAAUAAGAUCUUGUUUUGCACCUUCAAUGUAUUCUCCACUGUAGGUAAGAUAAAGACCUCCAAAACAUUAAUUUUUUUUGAGGGCAUAUCUCAUAAUCCCCCUACCAGCAUGGUAAUGGCACCUAGUGGAUUUUAGGAGUUGUAUUCCCCAAAAAGCUAUUUUCUUGAUUUCUUCAUGCUUGCACACAACCAAUCCAGGCACAAUUCCCUUGUGUAGCUGGAGCAAAGGAAGCCUUCAAAUUCCAAAUCUAUUGCUGCAAAAAGUGACAAAGGUUUUUGGCAGUUAACAAAGUAACAGAUGUAUUUAUUUAUUUCCUUUUUGACAACUUGUAACCUUUCAGCCAUUGUUCUCAUAAUGACUUGCAAUUAAGAAGAAAAUGUUAAUAAAGUAACAGCAGUAGCAAUAAAGUAUUACAAGAGGGACAGAUUCAAAAUAGAGGAGACAACUGUAAAACACUAACUUGGUCACAAAAGAUUUGGCAGAGGAAAAUGUCCUUGGUAUCUUGUGUUAAAAAAAAACAGCUUUCUGAUUUAGAGGCACAGGAACAUGGGUACGACUGGCUGAAGAAGACAUCCUAAGUUGGUCAUCACCCUGACAAAUGAUAGGACAGACAAGGGUUUCAUUUUAUUUUGUUUUGAGCCUAAGUUCUCAGAAAAACAGGAUGCAAUAUAUGGAAGAAGACAGUCCUUCGAGUAUCCUGGAUCUAUAAAUUUUGUGGUUUAGGGGAGCUACAGUGCUCCCCUUCCAGAUUUGCUCCAGUUCCAAAAUAUUACAGUAGAACAGAUGGUGGAGGAAAACACCUUCAUGGAUAUAUCUACUUUGAAACAUGAUGUGUAGAUAUUGCAGCUUAUUCUUAAACAACUGCAAUCUGUUAAAAUGUAUAAAUAAAUAAAAUUUAGAAGCAUGGUAUCUUUUUUAUGGAGAAUAUCUUUUUCUGGAAAUUUCUGAUGUUGAUAUAUUGAACAGUUUGUAUAUGUUUUUUAACUAAGUAUAAUUAAUGUGAUUUAUUAGGUAUUUUACAAGAAUAUAACUUGAAUUAUGUAUUAUCCUAAGUUUUAAAUCUUACUGUCUAAUUGAUAUUUGUAUUUGUUUGUAAUGUAACUACUGAAAAGUUCAUUCAGUUCAAUGUACAGCCAAAAAUGUGUUGGGCUUUUUACAGAACAGAACAUCCAUUAAGGCGUUUCAUACAAUUAAAUAUAGACCAUGAAUAA